CAAAAAAACAAAAUACCCCCAACAACUUCUGCACCGUGUUUUCCUCCCUCCGCCGCCAGCCGCCAUCCGCCACUUAUCCCAGCUCUCGCCAUCGCGUCACCGCUGUGCUGCCACUCGUCAGCCUCGAGGGUCUUCCGACCAAUUAGAAACCUGUGCUGGUCUGCUGCGCUCCGAGGAUCAGCACCAAUAAUAAAUCGGUCAGCGAAGGCACGGGUAUUUCGAUCCGCAAGAAUGGGUUCCCGAAAGGGUGACAACCCUCACUUCGGUGACGGUGCCAGUCCUGGGAAAAUCUUUAUCGGAGGUCUAGCCAAAGACACCACUUUGGAUACUUUUGUUAAGUACUUCGAGAAGUACGGAGAGAUAGUGGACUCGGUUAUCAUGAAGGAUCGGCAUACCGGUAAACCCAGGGGUUUUGGUUUCAUCACCUAUGCGGAUCCAUCUGUUGUGGACCAGGUCAUCCAGGAGAACCAUGUUAUCAAUGGCAAACAGGUUGAGAUCAAGAGGACUAUUCCUAAGGGUUCAUCACAAGCUAAUGACUUCAAAACAAAGAAGAUUUUUGUUGGUGGUAUUUCAACAUCGGUCACUGAAGAUGAGUUUAAGAACUUCUUCUUGAAGUAUGGGAAAGUUGUGGAACAUGAGAUUAUACGUGAUCACACUACUAAACGUUCCCGAGGUUUUGGCUUUAUAGUUUUUGACAGUGAAAAAGUUGUUGACAAUAUGUUAGCAGAUGGGAAUAUGAUUGAUAUGUCUGGUACUCAGGUUGAGAUCAAGAAGGCUGAACCAAAGAAAUCCUCAAACUCAGCUUCUCUUCCUCCAUUUGCUAGUGACUCUAGGGCACUUCCUUACUAUGAUGGUUUUGGUGGAUUUGGUGAUUCUUUUGGAAGUUUUGGAAAUAGCAGUUUUGAUCCUGCUUCUUAUAGAUCACUUGGAGGUUUUGGUGGUAGGCUUAGCAGUUAUGGUGGAUAUGGCAGUGGAGAUGAUUUUGGUGGUAGUUUUGGAGGGUCUGGUGGUGGUAUUGGUGGUGGCUAUGCAGGCUAUCGUGGAGAAUCAUCGUUUGGUUACUCUAGUCGCUAUGGUUCCUUCAUGGGGGGCCUUGGUGAUGGUUAUGGUGGGAGUGGUUUAGGUGCUUAUGGACGAGGUGGUGGGUCCUAUGGAAGCUAUGGGGGUGCGGCUACUGGCGGAAGUUAUGAACCAAGAUCUGGUACUGGUUAUGGUGGGGCUGGAGGACCUUAUGGUAGUAGGGGAGGUUAUGGUGGCAGUAGCCGCUACCAUCCUUAUGCAAGAUAGAUUAUUAUUAAGCUUUGUCAUAGAAGCUGCAUGCAGGUUUAAGCAUUUUCUAGAAACAAGGCACUCAUGGCAGGUGGCCACGUUUUAGAAGUCAGACGAACCACUAGCAUGUCUGUAUUAAUGAGUUGCUUAGACAGCCGAAGGUAGAACGCCAUCAAUCUAGAGCUUGUGAUCAUCAUCAAUCUAGAGUUACCCUUCAGUUGUCAUCCUAGAAGAUGUUAGGCAGGCACACUAUGACUUUAUUUCGUAAUCAGAUUGUUGCAUGUUAGACUGUGCCACAUUUCUAGAAUAGAGAUUUAAUUAGAAGCAGAGUGGAGUGGUGUGAAUCUGUAUUAUUGUAGGUUAUACUUAUUAGUCUAUUGUUUGGAAUAGUACCUCUUGAUCUAUCCUUUAGUUGCAUGUUAAGCCUGUGUUGAAGAUGUUGGUUAUGCUGCAGUUGCUAUUUAGUUAUAUGUUAAGAUUAUAUUUAUGUUAUAGUUCAGUUUCAGCAGGAUUUGUUAGUUGAUUGUCUUGAAGUAAUGAGAUAUUUGCACGUAGCAAUUUUGGAUGCCCUUCAAGUUUAGAUAUGAAAUUCUUAUCAUUGUUCAGGACCGACCAUUAGUCACCCUGCUCCCGUCAUGAAGGUGAAUUUAUUAGAUUAUAGAAUUUGAUUUAUUGUCAAUUAUAAUAGAUAUUUUGACCUCAUGUUUCCAGGUAUAGUUAUGAUUAGAAGCUACAUGAUUCCCCAUUUAACCUGCUAUAACAAUGUAGAGAUUCAAACCUAGUCUUCUGUAAUAUCAUUACUUCGUUAGUUCAUAGAGUGCAUAAAUUAAAUCAAGCCCUUUUAUUUUACCAUAUGUAUGGUUAUGGACAAGGGGUGGUGCAACAAUGGCUAUCGUUCCAGAUUUCUACUUGUCUUUCAUCUUAUCAGCCAUGGGUUCUUUAAUAUAUUGAUCAUUUUAAUGCUAUAGUUUAUGACAGCGAGUUCCGUACUGUUCAACGCUUUAUUUUAAUGCACCGUAUGUGAAUUGAUGUUUAGCGAUUUAAGUAGCAAGUUUAUUAGAAAGAUUUCCAGGUUGUCUAUGUAUUUUUAUAACAGCACGAUUCAAUCUAGGAUUGUUAUGAUGUAGAACGAAUUAUUGGUGUCCCAAUAUUUUGAAUUGCCAAUUAUAAUGUUUUCUUGUUUACUUUCCAAUUUUGCUUUACUCAUAGGUUUAGAAUUUAUGGUAUAGGUUUAGGGUCUAAGGUAUAGUAACGGAACAUUUAUUCAGUUAAUACCCGAGAUAUUGUGGUAUAAGGAUGA